AUGGACGGCUUCCACAAUGGUUCCGAUACCUUCCUGCAAGCCAAGUGGAACACACUACUGGAUACGAUUGGCGAUGAUCCGGAAUUCCUGUACGUGUGGGCCCUCACAACAUGGGUGAACGGUUUCUUCUGGGCCUUCGGCGGUCUGUUUGUGUUGAUGGACGUUUUCAACCGUCCGCGAUGGUUGCGCAAGUACAAAACGCAACCCGGAACGAACGAACCGGUCGAAUGGGCCGGAUUGCUACGCGUCAUGAAGACUAUUCUGUUCAACCAAACGGUGAUCGGCAUCCCGCUAACCUACAUCGGGUUCCAUACGGCGGGUAAGACGAAUCUUCCGAACGUCCGCGUGCUGCCAAGCACGUUCGAAGUCCUGCGAGAUCUGUGCGUUUGUUUGUUCUUUGCGGAGAUUGGAUUCUACUACGUGCAUCGGUUGCUGCACCUGCGGCCGUGGUAUCGAUUCGUGCAUAAAACCCACCACGAAUGGACGGCACCGUUUGCCUGGACUGCCAUGUACUGUCAUCCGGUUGAGCACGUCAUCAGCAACAUGAUUCCGCCGAUCAUCGGAAUCCAUCUGAUGAAGAGUCACCUGGCGACGGCUGCCCUCUGGUUUCCGCUGGUCAUCGUCAACACGGUACGCGAUCACUGCGGGUACCAUUUGCCGUUCUUUCCCAGUCCGGAGUAUCACGAUUAUCAUCAUGCCAAGUUUAAUGAAUGUUUCGGUACUUUCGGAUAUCUGGAUUGGCUACACGGGACUGAUAAGCAGUUUCGAAAGAGUAAACAACAUUUGCGGCACCGAUUUCUGUGGACUACGAAAUCGGCGAGGGAACUUGUGCCGGAUAAGUGA